GGGCAGCACCAUGGCCGAUAGGCCGUCCAUGUACCGACGGAAUACCGCGGUGACCCCUCUUUCACAGCGAACCGUUUCAGUGUCCAUCAAUGGGUCAUUAUCUGAAUUACCUUCCGGAUGGACUAGUGCUGUUCAAAGCGCUCGGCCGAAGGCAACUCAGCCGGUGAAGCUACCACCAAGUACUCUCAAUGAAAUCAUUAGCCAUUUGACAAAUGAUUCGCGAACAUUGUCGGAUCAAAAUGGCCAGGCAGAGCCACCGGUUUCUGAAAAUGCAGCGCACAAAGCUUUUCUGAGCAGCGACGCUUGGCCAAGGUUGGGGGAUCCUCAGCCCCAUUCGCAAGCUGUUAAGCAGGUCGAUAUUCGCAGCAAAUUGUCGGGUAUCGUUCCGUCGAAUGCAUUAGAGCUUGACGAUCUCAACUCUCGAAUUCGGCAACUGGCUGCAAAACUGCGACUAACAGAUCCGGAAACCGAGUUGAAGUUGGCUGUAAAUUCGGAGGACAGUGACGCUCCUGCGACGGAUGGCCUACUCACAAGCAUCAUCGACCCCGUGGUACCCUUUUCUUCAAUCUUUCUUACUGAAGUUCCCAGGCUUCGGUCAAAUGGGGAGCGAGAUGGCUCGGAAUUGCCAUCUCCAUUGAUGGCUGUACCUCAAGAGAAGUCGAUAGAGCAUGCUAAAUUCCCCGGCGUUCAAGAAACCCCGCUCUCCCUCCCCAACGGUGUCGCUCCGAAAAGAAUGCUCUUCCGCGUGCUACAGAGCCGAACUCAUCGGCGGAAGCUACGGCAAAAAUUCAUGAAGACAGAAACCGAAUGUAUUCUCAUGGACUGCUUCUGGUAUAUGUUCCUUCAUUUUUGGCAACCGAAAGCGCAUGUCGACAAGGACAAAUUAUUCGCACGUAUCUCCCAAAACUAUGUACAUUUACUGCUAAAAACGGGCUCUAAGGAGAAGGAUGAUUUCUGUUCUUUGUUUCCCGACGUAAUGAGUCAAGCGGUGUAUGUCAGUUUUUGCGAAUGCUUCCCCGAUUCUAUCAAGCAGUUUGACGAGGAGUUCCAAACCAACCUCUGCGACGUCUUAUCGGAAUGGAUGAAUGGCCUUAAGCCAACAUUUCCGACGAAGUGGAAACAGAUUGGACCGAUUGUUAAUGGUAGCAGCUCAAAGUCCGAGCUAAAAGUGGAAGGACAAGGAAAUGGCCAAGAGCAGAGUUUCUUAGACGAGGUGAUGGGCAAAUCAGAAAGCAUGCAUGGCGAUCUCUUGAAACAGGAUGCUGUGCCAUCUUGCCCAAUGGGACCUGGUCCUCAGACGCAUCGUGUUUGGUUUGACGCCAACAGGAAUUCCGGCAUUGUUGAGCGAUACCUCGGAAAAGCGGAGCGACGGACACUCAAGAUCCACCGAGCGGAAAUCAUUCGCGAAACUUUACUCAACGAUAACCCGACCUAUCGUCAAAUCAUUCUGGAAUCUUUGCGUCGGUCCAGGAAGCUGCAACGCACAUACAAAUUAAGCCAAGAAGAGGCUCAAAGAGAGAAGAACAGGCUACUGCAAAGCUUGAAUGAGCAACUGACACGUGAAAGGAAACGGAUCUGGAAGAUAUUAGCGAAACCAGAGCAGGUUAAAGCCUCAGCUGACCAGAUCGUUGACGACAUACAGAAAUUGCGCGAAAAGACGCCAACGAUAAAUCUUAGCAGAUAGAGCAUUGCAAGGCUAGGCGACUUAUUGGAACCUGCUCAUGAGUUCAAUUUAAUUGACUCAUCCCGCUGAUUAUGGAGGAAUAUAUCAGCGAAUGUGAUAUGAGAUAGCGCGCGUGAAACAAAAGACAACUCACAAUAG